AUGCUUGGAUCUCUAAUUAAUGGUGUAAAAUCUGCAAUAGGAUCAAUUGGUGGAUUAACAAAUAUGAAUGUUGGAAUAGAAAUACCUGGUUUUGUAAAAAAUAUGUUUUCUAAAAAUCCAACUCAAUCAAAAUCAUCGUCAAAUUCAUUUAAGGCUGAUUCAGAUAGACCAAAGUUUAUCAAAAAGGAGGAUGAAGGUGAUUCAGAAUCAUCUAGUGGUGGUAAUAGUGAAAAAGAUAAUGAUGAGAAUGAUGGUGAAGAUUCUGGAGCACAUAAAAAUAAACGUGGUAUUCCAGCACAAGAUAAUGAAUUCAUGGUGCUUAAAAAAAAAUUGAUAGAAGUUUGUAAUAUUUUAAUGAGCAUUGAUCAUAAAGAGGCAUUAAAAUUACCAAGUAUUGUAGUAAUCAGUAGUCAAAGCUCUGGCAAAAGUUCUGUAUUAGAAGCAAUUGUUGAAGAAUAUGGUGAAUUUUCUCAACUUGGAUUAGGAAAAAUACAUGAUUUUUUACAUAUACAACAAACAUUACAUGAUCUUAAUUUGGCAGCACCAGAGUCUGAAUGUGUUUCCAACAAACCAAUUGAACUUCAUAUCUAUUCACCCAAUGUUCCUGACUUGACUUUAAUAGAUUUUCCUGGUUACAUUCAAGUCACAAAUAAAAACCAACCUGAAACUUUAAAAGAAAAAAUUGUUGAAUUAUGUGAGCAAUAUAUCAGAGAGCUAAAUAUUAUAUUAGCAGUAUGUUCUGCUGAUAUAUAUUUGGCAAAUUCAGAAGCUUUAAAAGCUAUUGAACCAGAAAUUGGUGCAAGUAUAUUAAGAAACACCGAUUAUCCAUUACAUCUAGGUUAUAUUGGUAUCCAAAUUGGUACUGGAACUUUAUGUAGGAAACUUAUGGAAGUGUUGGAGGAAAAUAUGGCAAAAUCAUUGUUUUCAAUUGUUUCAGCAGUCCAAUCAGAAUUAGAAGAGGCUUGUUAUCAAUUUAAAGUGCAAAAACCUCAAGUUAGAAAUGAAAUACAUGCUAUGUUAGAGCAGAGAGUGCUAGAUCUUUGUGCAGAGUUGUAUUGGACAGAUAAAAGGAUUGUUGACUUGCCAAAAACACCGCCUAAUGAUCUUUAUUGGUAA